UUCAUUCAACAUUUUGGGCGCUGCAUGCCAUUCAGGAUAGCCGUAGGAAUCACUUCGAUCGAAUCCCACCAGCCCAGAUAUGAUUAAAUACGUGUGGCAUGUGGCAGCCCUGAUGAUUGUCUUUUGAUGGCUGUGAAGUGCGCGUAGUGCCAGUUAUCAACAGCAGCAAUUGAAUAGCCUGGUCAUGGAUCAGAAGCCUCAACAGCAACAGAAUCGGAUACAGCAGGCAUCGAGUGGUACUAGUCCGGUUAGCUUUUUGAAGGACAUGUCGCUGAUUUAUCGCAUAUAUCAGCAAUGUACUGGUGAAAAUAUGUCCGUUUGUCUAAAGGUGAAACUACUAACUGGCCUGGAAGAGGCUUUCCGUUCGGUCCUCUUCGAGGGUGUUCAGUUUCUUAGCAACAGUCCGGACAAUAAGCAGCGAUCCAAGCUGACAUCGAUCAGUGAACAGGAUAUUGAGGCUGUACUGCCGCGUGGAGUACAUGCCAAGGAACAGGUCCUGAAUAGCAUGAUUGUGAAGCGUGUUGGCAAUUUUCUGCAAGAUCACACUCUACAGAUUAAAUUCCCUGAUCUACGCCACACGUAUAGCAACUCUGUAGAGGGCCGUAAGAAGACGGAUAAAAAGGGCAGUGGCACAUUUGAGCCUAAAACGACUGAGCACUACAAUGACAUUAAUACAACAGUUGACUUUAUUUAA